AUGCUUCGGCUUCGUUUCGGAGAGUAUGGUAGGGGACGCUUUGUCGAUGAGCCCUCUGUGGACUUGCGCUCAAAAGCGACAACACAGGCUUCGGUGGUGCAGAAGAGCAGCUCCCACCGAAGGGUUAUGUCGAAGAGUUCGCGUGCUCGGGAAGCGGCUUUGAGGGGUUUGCUCACCUGCCGUGAGCACUCCGAGCACAAGUGGUUCCGUUCUGCACGGUAUAGGCUGUGCCCGCGUCGUCUUACUGGUAUUAUUAUGCUAGGUUUAGUGCUUUGGGGUUGCCUUUGGAUAACUAUGCCGCGACAACGACAAAAACUAGCGGAGCGAAACGCUCUCCUAUCUCUGGAUGGCAAGGAGUCACCCAAGGAGACCACGGAAAACUUCCUCGAACAAGCCAGGACGCGGAAUAGGACCAGUGUAGGCGACGAGCAUGCGCAGGAGGCACAGCUCCUGCCGCAACUCGUCAUCUUCACCACCAUGAGGCCGGAUGCGCAAGUUUCGGAGAUAUCGCGUCAGGCACAGGCCAUUGCAUCCUGGAUGGACCUGGAACCAACACCCAAAAUCGUCUUUCAGGGCUGCGAUCCAGGUCUGGAGCAGCUUGCACACCAUUGGAAUGCGACAGUCGAUUGCAACAUUGACGUGAACUUCCGGGGUGUUCCGCUUUUCAACGCAAUGGUACAUCGUGCAUUCGCGCUGCAACCGCGACUGGCACUACGAGGUCUCGGUGCAUCGGCAAGGCUGGUAGUUGGGCUUCUGGUGAACGCCGACGUGCACCUGCCGCGGAAUCUGCCGCAAAUAUUCGCAAAACUCUUGGCUUUGUCACCGGAAUUUUUCGCUGUUGCCGCACGAUGGGACGUCGACGUCCUGCACCCGGGCAACAGCCGAGAGGCCUUCGCACAGGAACACGGCACACUGCACAGCUACGGAGGCAUUGAUCUGUUCGCAUGGUCGCUGCGCUCGUAUCAGGACUUGCUGGAUAGCGACGCUUCAAGCUCCGGAAAUCGGUCUGUGAUCGGAGUGCGGAUUCCGAGCUUCGUUUUCGGCCGAGGUAAGUACGAUAAUUGGCUCUUUCAUGAAAUCUUGCAGACGCGUCGCUGGAACCUCACUGUGGACAUCACGGAGGCCGCCACACUGGUUCACGUUCGCCACGCAUAUCCACAUCUUCAAGUUGAGGAUGCGUCGACGAGUGGGAAUUUUUGGACGAACAACAAACGUCACUCGUGGGAGGCUUUUCUGAAUGUUCAUUUGGCGCUGGCAUACGGAUCCUAUGAAAGCCAACUGGGCACACCGCUGCACGCGCCCUUCAAACUGGUUCCGUGCCUGGAACACGAGUACUGUGUGAUACAGCGUCGUUUCCCAGCGCGUUGCCUCUGCGAGUACAGCAAUACUGCACCUCGAACACAAACGGAUCCAGUGCUCCGCGAGAACAAAUGGUGGCAGUGUGGCUCGCGCAGCCUCGAAGAGGCUGGCGAUUACCGCCUGCCGCUUCAGGGCAAGCUUGCUCAUCAGCUGGAUGCAUUGCUGAAGGAGGUCGUGGAUCCGAUGACCAAUCUUGUGAUCAUGACUGCCGCAACCUACGAGUAUCGCUUCCUGCUCAUGAACUUUGUCUGUAAUUUGCGUCGUUUACGCAUUCACAAAUUGCUUGUCGCUGCGCUAGACGAAGACCUCUAUCGAUACGCAUAUGCACGAGGCUUGGCUGUGUACCUGGAACCAGCCCUAAUCGAUUCGCAAUAUCGACAUUCGCUACAGUGCGCUUUCGGUAGCGCCUGUUUUCGGCACCGCUCGAAGCUCAAGUCCCGACACGUGUAUGAGAUAUUACGACGGGGGCAUGACGUCCUCUGGAGUGAUGUCGAUAUUACCUGGUUUCGUGACGUUCGUCCAGAGCUGCUGCGGGCACGCGACGCUGCGCCACCGAACAUCAGCGGUCGGAGCGUGUGGUUCCAGAGUAAUGAGCCGGAUCCGGACCAGGCGUGGAACGGUAUACGUCGCCUGAAUUCUGGUUUCUAUUACGCGGUAAGCUCUGCGUCAACGGUGACAGGUUUGAGUCGCAUCCUGGAGCAUGCCGCUUCUUCGCAGCUCUCAGAGCAGCCAUCAUUCUACGAUGUGCUCUGCGGAGAACACGGUGAAUAUCGGCUUGACAACAAAACAUGUUUCAAUGGAGAUCUCUAUACGCAUUUUCUGGAUCCGCGAGUCUUUCGCAAUGGAGCAAACUGGACGUAUUGGGUGCAGAACAGGGCGGACCAGGGCGCCCCUGCGGCUGCGAUCCUGCACAACAACUGGAUCAAGGGGCUUGCUGCGAAGCAAGAACGCCUGGAGGCAGCUGGGCUCGCUUAUUUUGACCCUGAGCUCGAAAUCUGUCGCUAUGAUGAUGCAUAG